AUGCGGUUCUCGUAUUAUAUUGGGCUGCUGGCCCUAGUUGCAGGAGUCAAUGGACAGUCCGGCAAUGAGAAACAGCACUGUGUGGUCAAUGUUGUGAGGUCGGCUGGUAUGGCUGGCCAUGUCUCCACCGGUUUUUGCCAGGACCCGUCGUCACUCGGUGACCUCCUCUCGACUGGGAACUAUACCAAGGAGGAAUGCGAUGCCCAGCGUGACACGAUUAUCAAGAAACUCAAUUCGAUCUACAAAGAUCCUGUCAAGACGUAUCGCCCUCCUUAUUUCUUGAAUCCGCAGACAUACGAUGAGAAGUACCGCACCGGUAAGGGCGAGAAAUUUCUUACCACGUCCAAAACAUUCGGCGAAGACAAGGCUUGGCUGUCCACAAUGCUUUUUCCCGACAAGGGGCCUGCGUUACUGGAGAUAAACGAUCAUAUCACAAAGGCAUGUGAAGGGAAAACCGCUUUAUCAAGUGUAUCGACAUGCAUCCUCGAGCAGCACGCAUGUCAGGCAGCUUGGCCAAACGAGUCGUUUCACCCCGCGAGCGAACAGCCAAGUUGGCUUUAA